AUGAUAAUAAAAGAUGAAUCCUCAUUUGGAAAAGAUUUUAAAGAAUUAGAUGCCAAAAACACGAGAUUAAGACAAUAAUAUUAGGGAUUAAGUGAGGUACUUUAAUUUAAUGUUUCUAAUGCUUUUCAUCAUGCAUUCCAAGACAAUGGAUUUUAUUGA